AAGAAAAUUUCUCAGCCUUUAUAAAGGGAGCGAGACUCCACCCACUGUUGACCUACUUUCGAUUACAACCUCUGCUUUUGUGCACUUUGAGUACGCAAUGGAGGGCAUCGAACACAGAACACUGAGGGUAAAUGGAAUCGACAUGCAUAUUGCAGAAAAGGGCGAAGGCCCAACAAUCCUCUUCCUUCAUGGCUUCCCGGAGCUCUGGUACACAUGGCGCCACCAGAUCCAAGCGUUGGCCGCCCUAGGCUACCACUGCGUCGCCCCUGACCUCCGUGGAUACGGCAACACUGAUGCUCCACCGUCUCCAACCAGCUAUACCUGUCUCCAUGUGGUGGGUGACCUGGUGGCUCUCAUAGAAUCGCUGGGUGGAGAACCGGUGUACCUGGUGGCGCAUGACUGGGGUGCAAUGAUCGGGUGGUACCUGUGCAUGUUUAGGCCUGACAAGGUUAAGGCGUAUGCCUGCAUGUCUGUUCCAUACCGACCUCGAAAUCCCAAGAUGAAGCCCGUUGAAACCAUGAGAGCUUUCUUUGGUGAAGAUUACUACAUGUGCAGGUUUCAGGAAUCUGGAGUAAUCGAAGCAGAGAUAAAAAGCUAUGAAACAGGGGAAUUGCUUAAGAAAAUUCUAACUGAUAGGAAACCAGGACCACCUUGUUUGCCUAAAUCGGAUCCAUUUCAACUCAAAGGAUUGAAUGCUCCUCUGCCAUUACCAACUUGGUUAUCUGAAGAGGACCUUAAGUAUAACGUUGAAAAAUUUAACCAAACGGGCUUCACAGGAGCCUUUAACUAUUACCGUGCUUUGGAUCUGAAUUGGGAGCUUACUGCAGCAUGGAGUGGAGUACAAGUGAAUGUACCAGUGAUAUACGUAGUAGGGGAUGAAGAUAUGGUGUACACAACACCAGGGUUAAAAGAGUACGUUCAUGGUGGUGGAUUCAAGAAAGACGUGCCAUUGCUCGAAGAAGUUGUGGUAAUGGAAGGCGUGGGUCACUUUCUGAACCAGGAAAAGCCUCAGGAAUCUACUGACAUCAUUUAUGAUUUCAUUAAGAAGUUCUAACCAUCAACCACUAAUACAACUGUUUUAAUAACUUCCAUAUAUAUGUAUGGUUGGGAAUGAAGUUGAUGGUUCUCCAAAAUUUGUUAGUUAAAUCCUUAAUCACAUAGGUGUGUACCCAUUAGCAAUAACUUCAUUAAAUAAUUAAAGUUGCUUGUAUUAGCAAGUUUCGUGAA